ACACCUGUGUCUAUAUAGCCUAGGAGUAGCUGUGAUUUCAUCACCAUAGAAGUGUUAUCUAUUGUUGUAAACGUUUGGUGUUCUUACCUGGUGUUGAAAAUAGUCUGUGAAAAGGGCAGUGCCCUUUCUAAACCUAGAGAACAAGUUCACCCAGCUCCUCGCCCUUGAAAGGGAAAUCCUGCAGACGCAGCAGCUUGUCACGCCUCUCAACUGGUGAAUGUAUCAGCAGGCUUUCUUUGAGGCUCCCCAGCUCUUCCUACAUGCACCAUGAAUCACCUCUCACUCUCAGUGGAUCUGAAUACCUGAGUGGAAGAAGACAACCCUCUUUUUUAAGAAAACCAGUAAAGGGAGCUCUCACUGUCAUGAUCAGAUCCGUUGGCAUUGCUGCUGUCAUCCUUGUUCUUCUCUACAUUAUAGCAACUGAUUGGUCAUCACCAGUGAAGGUCUUGUGGAGAGAAUAUAACCAGCAGCACUCUGAUGUGGAUGUCCCUGCCCCCUGCCGUCCAGCCUGCCCUUCUGGAUGGUUUAACUAUGAAGGAAAAUGCUACUUUUUCUCAGAGGAAGAAAAAAACUGGACUUCCAGCCAAAGUUUUUGUGCUUCCUUUGGCUCCUCCUUGGCUGUGAUCGAGACAGAGACAGAAAAGGCGUUCAUUCUACAUUACAGGUGCUCUACUGAUUACUGGAUUGGCCUCCGGAAAGAACCUGACCAGACUUGGAAAUGGAUAGAUGGAAGAGAACUGAACAAUAUGUUGGAGAUGAAAGAAGAAGGAGGAGAUUGUGCAUUUCUGACUUCUGACUCUGCAGUUUCCUCACGUUGCCACAGAAUAAGAAAUUGGGUCUGCAGCCAUCCUGAUAUCUAUACAAAGAAAAGGCAUUAUUCAGCCACAAAGUGACAAGACUGGGAGAACUGUGUUAAGCCUUCCAAUAAAAGUGCAUGGAGUUCA